CUUAUACUUAACAAAUAGCGAAUCUAAUAUCUUUGGUUGGGUAGAUCUCCACAAUCAAAUAGCCCAUUGCGAAUAGGCCUCGAGAACGACCUCGAGCUGUUUCGCUAGGCUACCCGCUCCCGCAGAAGAUAAUUUGCCAUAGGCUCACUGUCGAACUGAAUAGCCUCACGGCGGCUCACGUAUCCCCAGAUUCUCACGUGGUUGAUAAAGUUCCGCCUCUUUUGGGAUCUGAACUAUCCUGAUCCCACCCCGCGAGAUACAUUCGUUUUUGCAUAUGCCCUAGUGCGACCCUGCGUGCACCUACCACAUCACCCAUUGCCAGCUCAUCCACGCAUAUCCAAUAGAUUGGAUGCACAUCCAGCCUACUUUCGCGGCUACCUAAGUGACUAAGGACAAUCCCAACGCGUAUGCCCAACUGCAGCCAACCUUACAGCCUUUUAUCUCAAGGACGUCAAGCAACCCGAGGACAAGCUUUGCACGGUCUUUAAUUCAUCAUCUUAGAAAGAACUUGUACCACUAGCAUUAUCCUAAGUGGCCAACAGAUUUCCUUGUCCAACUUACCCGCUUGUCUCUGAUUCGAUUCGCAUCGCAACAAGAGACAUCGACGUUUGGGUAUUGCAAAAUCCCCGCCGCCCCGCGCGCUGACUGUCCCCGAUAAUGAUGGACUACGCGCAAUACCAGCAACCACCACAGACGGCGCAUUCUGGUUACACAAAUUCUGGUGCUGGUAACAACAUCACAUCUCCCACAAGCCACAGCAUACAUCAACACGGCGUGCAAACCUCGCCAAUCUUACCAUCUCAACAUCAAACCUCGACUCCAGGACAAGGACACAACAUGUACCAAACCCAGUACGGAGUACCCCAGCAGGGGAUGCACUACGGAGUGCCUCAGAUCCAGGCGGCUGCCAUGGCCGCGACUGCUGCCGCAGCUGGCGGCACCGGUUAUUCAAGCUACAUGCCUUCAGAUCCUAGCCUACCUCAAAAUUCGCCGAGGAUGACGCCCGGAGGAAAGAAGGACUCGCGCGACCCUCGAUCACCUCAACAAUUAAAUAACGUAAACCAAUUACCCGGAAGGCGCCUGAGCCAGGUCACAAGCCCAGGUGUUCCGAAUGCGCCUAUGAUGAACCACGCCGGUGCUCGGUCUGCCGUCGCACCUCCGCCGAUGCCACCGACACAAUCAAUGCCGCCGCCCCAAUCGCCUGAGAUGACAGCCGGUGCCGAAGAGUCUCCCCUCUACGUGAACGCAAAGCAAUUCCAUCGUAUCCUUAAGAGGAGAGUUGCUCGCCAACGUCUCGAGGAGGCGCUAAGGCUAACGAGCAAGGGAAGGAAACCUUACCUUCACGAAUCGCGACAUAAUCAUGCGAUGCGCAGACCUAGGGGUCCUGGUGGUCGAUUCUUAACUGCAGAAGAGGUCGCCGAGAUCGAGAAGACUAAAGGCGGAGGCGAUGAUAAGGAUGGUGGUGUAGUAGAGGCAGUGACCGUCAAGGCCGGAUCGAAGAGGAAAUCGGAUUCCAAUUCCACCGCGCCGCAUAAGAAGGCAAAGAUGGAGCCGGCGACGCCUGACGACGACGACGAUGAUGACGCCGAAGAUGAUAGCUGAAGGAAGCUAUGAGCCACACUACAUACCAUUCCAUACCAUACCAUACUAUA